AUGAAAGGAUGGCCAUUGUCACCACCACAGACAACACUACCUGAUAACUACUUCUUCAAUCCAAAUACACCACAAAACACAGCAGGAUAUGAUUUCAAUACAUGGGGAUCACCGAGUACACAAACGAUUGACUGCAACAAUCCAACAACGAAUGCGGAUUCACUUUACUGCAACAAUCCAGGUUAUUACAAUCCAUAUGGAUAUAAUAAAUCAGGAACUUAUGAAUCAUUUGAUUAUCAACCACUGAAAUAUCCAUCAUUUAUUUGUCCACGAGGCAAAGCAGCGGUCCAAGGAUUAACAUAUUAUAGUGAUGACACAUGUGCAAGUUAUCAAUGCAACGAAUACACAAGUUUCUAUCUCGAUGUUAUUACAGAUACAACAACAAAUUCAACAAAACAAUUAACAUGUUCAUCAAAAGGACAAACAUUCACAUUCAAGAGAAAUUAUUCAGAAAACAUAUAUUUAAUGAGGACAGUUACAUGUCCAUCACCAGAACAAUUCUGCAGAACAAGAGAACUACUAGAUCAACACUUCACUAGUGAUCCAUUUUCAGGUGUAAUCUUUCCGACACCGAGACCAACACCAGAACAAACACCAAGACCAACUCCAAAACCAACACCCCAACCAACACCAAUUUUUGAUUCAAUUCCUGAAUUCCAACCAAUACGAAUUGUGAAUGACAAUCGAUUCUUUAAUGGUACAUAUCCAGAUCCACAAUCAUGCACAUCUGUUGGACAAGUUGUUACAUGGGAUAACAACAAUCUAACAUGCACAGAAGAGGAUAUAAUGAAACCAGAACAAAUUUCUGCAUAUCAAGAAACAAUCGCUAAUGUCAAAGCAUAUUUAGAACAAUUUCUUAGAGUCAAAACACUUCCAGAUAGAUAUAUAUACUAUUCAGACAAGUAUUCACUUGCUUUAAAAGGUAAAAACAUAUAUGCACGUAAUUGUGAUUUACAUAUAGUUUGGUUGACACAUCCUUAUCCAAAUCCUAAUUCAGUGUCUUGGGCAACAGAUUGCUACUAUUAUGAUUCCAAAUAUUAUGUGGUUCAUCAAAUGUCUGGAAUUUUGAAUCCAAGAAAAAUACCAACAAUUGCAUCACAAAGAAAUACACAAAAUGAUUACUUCUUUAAUAUCAUUUUGUCAGUUAUUUUAGGAGGCAUUACAACUUCAGAUCAUUUUCACAUUAAGUUAUCAUCUGAUUAUUUUCCAAAUCCAAUAUGUACAUUAACAAAAAAUGGAAUUCAAUUUAGAGUUCUUAUUACACCAUAUGCGCACCAUCAUGGAAAAAAUUUCUUCGGACAAGAAUGGUUUGUUGGAGAUGACAAAACAUGUCCAUCAGGUAUUAUUUUACAUCCAACAUACAUGAGACCAAAUACUGCUUUUUAUCCUGAGGAUUUAUCAGUUGGUAAAUAUCUACAAGAAGAAAAUGUCCCAUUCUUAAGAUUUACUGAAGUAACAAUGGCAUUUUUACUCGAUUCAGGAAAUUAUGAAGUCGAUUGGAGAUAUGGAAAACCUCCAAUUUUUGGAAACAAAGAUUUCAUCAGUGGAGAAUAUAUUCCAAAUUGGCCAUUAGGACCUCCAAUUUCAACACUUCCAAAAUAUUAUUUCAAGCGUCCGAAUGUCACUUUAGAUGGUGGAUCAUUUACAUUUAAAUCAUGGGGAAAUCCAUAUUCAAUUAAAGGAAAUUGUUCAAGUAGUUCUAUUUCAUCUAAUUAUCCUGAAUAUUGUUCAAAUCAAAACUAUUAUAAUCCUUACAAUUAUCAAGAAUUUGGAGAAGAAUAUAUGAAUUAUGCAUUAGUUAAAGGGCAAUCAUAUUAUUGUCCAGAUGGAACAGCAACAAUUCCAGGAUUAACAUAUUACACAAAUGAUGAUUGUGCAGUAUAUUCAUGCUCUGAUGAUUAUAGUUCAUUCACAUUGAAUGUACACUCAAAUCAUAAAACAAAUGAAUAUAUAACAAUAAAUUGUUCUUAUGAAGAACAGAUACAUACAUUUAGCAGAACAAAUUCAUAUGGCGGCACAAGUACAAGAACACUUGUUUGUCCACCACCAGAGGCAUUUUGUAGAACAGUGAAAGGAUAUGAUAAACUAUAUCAAAAAAAUCCUUUCCAAAAUGUUUUAUUCCCAACACCAACACCAUUUGCAACACCAAGGAUAACAGCCAAAGAAACACCAGUCUUGACACCAGCACUUACACCAAAGAUCACACCAGCCCUGACUCCAUUCAAAACAGGAUCAACAACCCCACGAAUAACACCUCAUAAAACCAUGUUUAAUACUCCAAUGAUAACUGCAAAAGAAACUCCUAAACUUACUCCAGUUCAAACUGCACAAUCUACUCCUCAUUUUACCCCCUGUAUUACUCCUAAUGCCUUAACUGCAAAGAAGAAAGUAUAUGAUGAUCGAAGUAUAUUAAUUUAUUUGAGUAUUGCAAUAUAUUAA